UCCCUGAGGCCCGGGCCCGCGCCCCGCCGUCCCCGCCCGCGCUCUCACAGGCCCCGCCCCGCCCCACGCGGGGUUCCCCUCAGCGCGCGCGCCUCCCCCGCCGUCGGGGCGUCGGCUUCUGCUCCGGGCUCCGGGCUCCGUCCCGCGCUGGCGGGGCACGUGCGGGUGCGGCCUCCGGCGCGGGGCAAGGCCGCGGAGGGCAGGGACGGGCGGCGGGGGCGGGGGCGGCGCUGCGGCCGCGCCCUUCCCGCGCUCGGCCCUCGUCGGCUUUCGGCGUCGUCCGACCGCACAGCAGCCUUCCGAGGGCGCCAGGGUUUCAGAUCUAAUAUUGAAUCUUCUCAAGUGAAAAGCCAUGACCUCGGCACCCAGCACCAAGAGGAUGAGGGAGGAAGCCACCUGCUCUAUCUGCCUGAACUUGAUGAGCGACCCGACGAGUGUCGCCUGUGGACACAGCUACUGCGGCCAGUGCAUUGUGGAUUUCCUGAACAACCUAAGGCAGUCACAGGUGUUGCAGAACACGUUCCCCUGCCCCCAGUGUCGGGCCCCGUGUUCCCAGGAGAGCCUCCGGCCCAACAAGCAGCUGGGAAACCUCAUUGAAGCCAUCAAGGAGAUGGAGCAGGGGAUGUCAUGCAAAGAACACGGGGAGCAGCUGCAGCUCUUCUGUGAAGACGAGGGCCAGCUCAUCUGCUGGCGCUGUGAGCGGACAUCCCAGCACCAGGGGCACACCACAGCUUUGGUGGAAGAUGUGUGCCCGAAGUACAGGGAAAAGCUCCAGAAAGCUGUGACGCAACUGAGGCAACUCGAAGAGGAGUGCAUGGAUCAGAAGAAGGUCAUAACAAUGCAAAUAACUGAAUGGAAGGAGAAGAUAGAGACUCAGAGACAAAAAAUCCGCUGUGAUUUUGAGACUCUCCAGAGCUUUCUACAAAAAGAGGAGAAUUCUUACCUCUGGAGGCUGGAGAAAGAGGAGAAGCAGGUUUUGAAGAGGCUGCAGGAUGGUCAGGCCAGUCUGGAGAAGCAGAGCCAGGAACUCAGGAGCCAAAUCCAGGGGCUGGAGGAAAAGUGUCAAAGCCAGGCCCAGCAAGUGCUGCAGGAUGUGAAGGGCACGCUGGACAGGAGCUGGGCUGUGAAGCUGGAAGCGCCAGAGGUCUUCUCCUUGGAGGUUCUUACGACGUGCAACGUUUCUGAGCUUUACUUUGAUGUGAAGAAGAUGUUAAGGAGCUAUCGAGUCGACGUGACUCUGGAUCCAGUUACAGCCCAUCCUGAACUGACCCUGUCUGAAGACCGGAGGCAGGUGACCCGGGGGUGGCCCCAGGAGAAUCUCGCCGCGUCUCCCAGGAGAUUCAGUGCCUUACCCUGUGUCCUGGGCUGUGAGAGCUUCGAUUCAGGAAAGCAUUUCUUUGAAGUGGAUGUUGGAGAAGGGACGGGGUGGGAUUUGGGAGUUUGUGUGGAAAGUGUGCAGAGGGGGUUCGGCGUAAAGCAGAAGCCGCAGUCUGGCUUCUGGGCCAUCAGGCUGUGCAGGAAGAGAGGCUAUGUUGCGCUCACCUUCCCCCAGACUCCUCUCUAUCUCAGUCAGCAGCCCCUGGUGGUGGGAGUUUUUCUGGACUUUGAGGCCGGAGUUGUAUCUUUUUACAAUAUGAGUACAGGUGCUCACCUCUUCACCUUCCCAAAGGCCUCCUUCUCUGAUACUCUGCGACCCUAUUUCCAGGUGUAUCACUGUUCUCCUUUGUUCCUGCCUCCCCCAGGUGAGUAGGACAGGCGCAGGGUCUCCUUGUUGGCUUCACCAGCACAGAGAGGAGACUUCAAGUCCCGUGAGGGCAGAAAUUUGGUCUCUCCUAUUCCCUGCUGUUCCCCCAGUACCUAGAACUGUGAUGGCUUUUAGUGGACACUGCUACAUCUGCCCUGAACUGCCGGCUCUGGAGACUUUCAGGCUGUCACGAAGAUCAGGUCAACAGUGAGGGUCGCACUGUCCUCCCUGCCAGUCCCUCUGCAGUGAGCCCAGGGCUGUGACUGCUCCGGGGUCCUUGAGCAGGGUGUCCCCAGAGUUAGGGAGUCUUCCAGCUUGGUUGACACCAUUGUAACUCCUGAGAGCAGGGGCAUGAAAGGAGGCCGGGAGUGUCUGCCCACCACAUAAAAGAGCAGGAAAAAAAAACAAAAUAGCAGCGGCUCCUCCCACAGUGUGCCUGGUCAGUGAUCCUCAGAGCUGUCCUUCCUGCAGGCUGCCGGACCCCCUGAGUCUCCCUGGGGAAAGAGGCAGGCAGUGAUGGGGGCAAGUUCCAAAUGGCUUGAAAUUAUAUGCUUCAGAUGGAAGGCGGAUUACCAGCAAAAAUGGACUUUGGUGGGAAACUCAGUACCGGAAGAGAGCAGGAGGUUGGUCUUUGCCAGACUGCUGGAGCCAGCCCUCUGAUGUCUUAGAUCUCAGGGAAUAGUUGUUGCUGGAGUGAUUGUGGGCUGUCUUUGUUGUGAUUCAGAUGUGAUGUAGAGAGACCUUGACUGUCUACAACUCUAUUCUGAAAAGUAAAUGCCCACCACACCUAAAUUAUUAUACCUCAGUGGGCUAAGGACAAGACCUCAUUAAUAUCAGCCAAUACGUAAACAGUGUUAUUGAUGACCAAAACUAGUCACAAAUUUGCUAGAUAGUUAUCAUUCAGAGUUGAUAUAAAAAUUGAUGUUCGCUGAUGUUUGUGAGGUCCUCUGUCUCUGCAUUAAAGGAGAGGCAGUGGGAGUUGUUCUGGAUGUCAGGCAUGCGUGGGCCAACCCCUCUGUCCACACGGAAGACAUAGGGAGAGUCAGACCACUGCCCAAGCACCUGCUGCCUCCACCCCCUCACACACAAACAUACAGAGGACAAGAGAAAACACUGUAGCCUCCUAUCCUGCAGACAACACCAGAGAAAUCCAUGUAACCAACUUUGUUAAAACGUGCCUUUAUUGACCAUUGGUUUUCCUAUGUUUGCCACCUGGAAACCAGCCCUUCUCCUUAGCUUUGUUGCUUCUGUAGAAAGAAACGUCUUGUUCUGUUAAGAUGCAAGAAAAGCCAAGAGUUCUAACCACCAGCUCUGUCACUCUCCCUGGAGUGCUCUCAUGAGUGUGUGAUGCUCGUGUUAAUAAACUUCUGCUUGCA